CAUUGUGACACAUACAUAAUGCGUGAUUCUGUAGAUCCCAUACGCGCUCACGUUUUCCUUGUUCGACACGGCCUGUACAACGCAUUUCGCUGAACGGUGGCGAGCGAGAUGUUAUCUUUCCGCUGCGUCCAAUUCGCAUUCCUCCCGAGUUGAAAAUCAAUAAGCACCUGCAACUUACCUUCAACCCUCACGCACCACUGCUGCCCAACAGACCAGGAAUACUACAGCGAGUUGCACGAUCAAGUCAAGGCGGUCAAGAUAAGAGAAUUCUCAGCACUUUGAUAUAUCGACGAGUCCACCACGACAACCUCCACCAUGGCCCUCGCCCCGCCCCGCUCAGAUUUCGUCGAAUGCGUCCUGCCCCCCUACUCGCGGCUCGCCAACUACGACCGGCGGAAACCUCCCAGCGAGCAAGCCAACGCCUCCAUCGAGCCGCUCAAACGCGUUCCGCAAGCCUUCAUCGACGCCAUGGUCGUGCGCGAAGAAGUCUUCGUCAAAGAGCAAGGCGUGCUCCUCGAGAACGAGCUGGACAGCGACGACCGCCGGAGUUUCCACUGGGUCGCAUACGCAUCCAUGCCGAGCAAACCGGGCGCCCUCGAGGGCAAGAAGGAUAGUUCCGAGAUCGUCAGCACCAGGGUGCCGAUUGGCACGAUCCGCGUGGUCCCCGCGCCGAAUCCGCCGCACGAGGAGAAUGAUCGGGGAGUGGGCGAUCAGGGACAGGAGUCAUAUGUGAAGAUUGGUCGCUUGGCGGUAGUGAAAGACUUCCGAAAGAUGGGGAUCUCGAAUUUAUUGAUUCGGCGGGCGAUCGACUUCGUCGCCAAACACCCCGGGGAUGUCCGUUUGCAGCUGGAUCCCGCGGAGAGGGAGGUCUAUCUACAGAAGAAUGCGGCGUUGGAAUUCCAGGGCCUCAUCAUGGUGCAUGCGCAGAUCGGUGUACAGAAACUCUGGGCGAAAUAUGGCUUCGAGACGGAUGAGGCGCUGGGCACUUGGGAUGAGGAGGGGAUUGAUCAUGUGGGCAUGUGGAAGCGUGUGGACACGAGCAAGGCAAGGGAUUAGAAGUCCGGAUUGUUCGCUCCGAGUCGUCGCGGGAAGGUGGUUUUCAAGACGUAGAAUUGUUAUUAGCUAUUGCUGCUGUAACUGUACUAUGGAGGAUGAAUGAUGGCUUGUUCGAAGAAUUCGAUAGCUUUUACAAUCCGAUCAACGGCCAUUGCGUAUGACACGCGAUUGCAAUGACAUGUCGAGAAAUGUUAAGAACCGAAUGGUUGUUGUUCCCGCGGUGAUAAACACUUUCCCGCCAAAUCCUACUCGGAAUCAAUCGACCCAACCGUGAGAUGACGAUCCUCAAAGAGGUUUCGGGAAAAAAAGUCCUUUGCCA